AUGCUUUCCGAGUCGGAGGAGACGAGGCCUGUGGGAGCCGCUCCGGAGUCACCUCAUGUCAAGAUGGAGCCUGAAGAGCUGCAUCCCCAGUGGGGGUCGCAGCAGGAAGGAGCUCCUGGUGUGCAGGGGUGGGCGCCCUUGAGCCCUGGCAACGAGAGGGUUCCUCUGCUCAACGAUGGAGCCCACCCCUCCCCACAGGUCCCUGCCCAUUCCUGGGAGGGGAGGACCCGAGACCGGCAGAUGGCCGCCGCCCUCCUCACCGCCUGGUCCCAGAUGCCAGUGACCUUUGAGGAUGUGGCUUUGUACCUGUCCCGGGAGGAGUGGGGCCGCCUGGACCACGCGCAGCAGAGCAUCUACAGAGACGCCCUGCAGAAGAGGAACGGGCUCGGGUUUCCCAUCAACAGGCCUUUCUGGGCCUCCCGAGUGCCGGGGAGGGGCGAGGCCUCCGGCUCCGGGUCUGGGCAGCAGGCAGGGGAGGAGGAGGAGGAGAAGACGGCCGUGCGUACAGCCAUGGAAGUGGGGAACGAGGCCCCGGACCCCCUUGGAGAUGUGAAGCCCUUCAGAACCAAGGCAGGCAGAACCCUGGGGGGUGGCCUGCAGUGUGUGCAACCGGCAGCCGGCAGUCAGGGCUCGGGAGAGGCCGAGGACAAUGAGCAGCUUGGGCGUCUGGAGCAGGAGCAGCCGGAGCCUGCCCUGCCGGCCACCAGCCUUCCAGAGACCCAGGAGGGUGGCGUCCCCAAGCAGCCCGGCGAGGAGGAGAAGCGGGCUGCUGCUGAGAGUGGCGAGGACGGCCUGGCUGCCGAGGGCGACGGCAGCCGGAAGACCUACAGGUGUGAGCAGUGUGGCAAGGGCUUCAGCUGGCACUCCCACCUGGUGACGCACCGGCGCACGCACACGGGCGAGAAGCCGUACGCCUGCACGGACUGCGGCAAGCGCUUUGGCCGCAGCUCUCACCUUAUCCAGCACCAGAUCAUCCACACGGGCGAGAAGCCCUACACCUGCCCCUCGUGCGGCAAGAGCUUCAGCCACCACUCGACGCUCAUCCAGCACCAGCGCAUCCACACCGGCGAGAAGCCCUACGUGUGCGACCGCUGUGGCAAGCGCUUCACCCGCCGCUCGGACCUGGUCACCCACCAGGGCACCCACACGGGCGCCAAGCCCCACAAGUGCCCCGUCUGCGGCAAGUGCUUCACGCAGAGCUCGGCCCUGGUCACCCACCAGCGCACCCACACCGGCGUCAAGCCCUACCCGUGCCCGGAGUGCGGCAAGUGCUUCAGCCAGCGCUCCAACCUCAUCGCCCACAACCGCACCCACACCGGCGAGAAGCCCUACCACUGCCUCGACUGCGGCAAGAGCUUCAGCCACAGCUCGCACCUCACCGCCCACCAGCGCACCCACCGCGGCGUCCGGCCCUACUCCUGCUCCUUCUGCGGCAAGAGCUUCAGCCGCCGCUCCAACCUGCACCGGCACGAGAAGAUCCACACCACGGGGCCCAAGGCUCUGGCCAUGCUGAUGCUGGGGGCAGCGGCGGGCGCCCUGGCAGCACCCCGACCCGCGCCCACCUAG